GUGUGUGUGUGUGUGUGUGUGUGUGCGUGCGCGCGUAAACGUGAGUGUUGUUUCCGCAUGUUCGUGCGGUCGUCAAGACUUGAGUGCAGUGAGGCUCCAAACGGACUAGUUGAUAGUUUUUACACACACUUCCUUCCUUUCUUCGUCCAACAACAACAAUAAGAAGAAGAAUAAGAAUAAUAAUAAUAAUAAGAAUGUCGAGUGAAGCCUUGGUCACUUGUUCUGAGUCCGAGACGAGCGUCGAGCACAAGUCGCACUCGAUGUCGAUCAGGAAGAUGAUGGACAUCCCGCCUCCGAACAUUCUGGAAGAAGGCGAUGGCGAGAUGGAAAAGGAGAAGCUGGGCUCAGCGGAGGAUGUGGAGGGGGGCGGCGUCGGAGCAGGCAGCGCUGUCGGAGCCCCGAGAGGCGGGGUCGGCGUCGGAGGGGUCUCCGCCUCCUUGACCCCGGCCAUCUGGGAGAAGACCAUCCCUUACGACGGCGAGACCUUCCACCUGGAGUACAUGGACCUGGAUGAGUUCCUGUUGGAGAACGGGCUCCCCGUCAGCCUGGAGGAGGAGGACCCACAGAAGACCUCAAUCACGGCGGGUGGGAAUGGUAAAAGCGCCCCGAAGGCCGCCACGUCUCCCUCUCCCCCGCCUGCUCCCGGGGCCUUGACAGACACCCCGGAGCCUGAGGACCUGACGACGGUCACCACGCUGCUGCCUGCCAAGUUGGAAGAUGAAGAAGAAGAGGAGGAGGAGGAAGAGGAGGAGGCAGAAGCAGAAGCAGAGGAUGUCAAGCAACAAAGUCCUGGUUAUCAAGGUGUGGAGCGCAACACACCCUCUCCCAUUGACCCGGAAGCCUUGGAGGUGGAUGUGAACUUCCAGCCAGACCCCACAGACCUGGUCCUGUCCAGCGUGCCCGGUGGAGAGUUGUUCAACCCACGCAAACACAAGUUCUCUGAGCAGGAGCUGAAGCCACAGCCCAUGAUCAAGAAGGCCAAGAAAGUCUUUGUUCCCAACGAACAGAAGGAUGACAAGUACUGGUCCAGGAGGAAGAAGAACAACGUGGCCGCCAAACGUUCCCGCGACGCCCGCCGCCUGAAGGAGAACCAGAUCACUGUGCGAGCCUCCUUCCUGGAGCGGGAGAACGCGGCUCUGCGGCAGCAAGUUGGCGAGCUGCGGAAAGACUGUGGCCGCUGCAGCAACAUCCUGGCUCGCUACCAGGCCAAGUACGGCCCGCUGUAAGACAACAUCCUGGCCAAGUACGGCGUGCUGUAAGACCACGCCCACUAAAACUUCCUCGCCUGCACAAUCCAACACAGACAGGAAAGAAACCACACAAGGGACAUCUACAAAUCUGACUCUUGCUGAGCUGCGGUCACCGUGUGGAGCUCCGCUCGCAGGCUCCCAACCUGGCGUCGGAGCGGUGGACGCACGAGGGGAGGGGAGGGGGGCGGGGCAUGGACGCGUGUGGAGAGCGCCUGGCUGCUUCACCGCAAGGAAAGCCAGCACGUUCCCGUGGACGCACACGGACAACAUGGUCGCUCUUUAAGAGAACCAGGAAAUACGGCGAGCUGAUUCCAUUGUUGUUGUUUUAUUUUGGAAAUCACGGCAUAGCACUUCCUGUAGUGGACCAAAGCAUGUGUGCCCUCAGUAUCUACCUGGCCCUGUGCCACACCUGUCCUUUUGUGUAGAGGCGGGACAACAAUGGAGUACAAGUCAGAGACCCAGAGAAGCUAUGAGGAGUGGACACUCCCUUUAGUUCCUCACACACACAUUUCUAUAGUCCUCUCCAAGUAACACACACAUUUGUAUAGUCCUCUCCAAGUAACACACACACACACACACACACACACACACACACACAUUUGUAUAGUCCUCUCCAUUGUUGCACUUGUUCUUGGAGGUUGUUAUAAAAGGUGCAUGAAGACGAGCUGCACGGAAGAUUUGAAAAACAUGACCAGUGAAGAAUUAAAUGCAGGCUACAGAGUCAACUUUUGCAAGUAGAGAACGUUUGUGUUACUGCACUCUGCAAG